GUUUUAGGGAUAAAACUCAGGCCAAGCCAAUUCCUCGGCGCCGCGCCGGAACAGACGCUUGAAGCUCCACUGUUUAUUGAUUCUGAAGGCUUAUACGUACAUAUACACGGCAUUACUCGCUUGCGUGGGUUGAGCAUAAGUCAGAACAGGGACGUAUGCUGAAGUGGAUGCACAUGGCUGACGGGGGCUAGCCCCCUCGUUUAGAAUGGAGUCGUCGGGAGUGCCUCCCGGGAACGGGGCUUGCGGCACAGCAAGCCCCAGCAAUGCAGAUGGGACUUACGGGAGUCGGAAGUCCCGAAUGGAGCGGCUGGACAAGUCGCAAACGCUGUCUGCGACGUUGGACAGCGAGGACCGGCGCGUAAAGGAGCUGACGGAGGGCAUCCUAUAUGACUUCUUACCAGCAGCCCUGAACGUGAUGCUCCCGCGCUGCGAGGACCCGCUACAGGAGCUGGACGCAGACAGAUGUCGAGCCGUGGCGAGCGCGGCGCUGGCGGUUUCAGCGCUAAUGAACGCACCGCCGGGGUUCUUGGAAUUCCUUCUGUGCGUGCCGUGGCGGAAGCUGUCGCAGCUGUACCCCAAGUCGGACUCCAUUGACAAGCUGGUAUCCAACCUGCAAGUGACGGACGAGGAGCGACGCAAGCUGGUCAACACGCGCAUCGAGCCGGCGCUGAUGGGCAGUGUGCUCGACUUCCUGUAUAAGGAGAAGCACCUGGACAGCGUGCCGCCUAUGCUGCAGCUCACGCCUGUGAACCCGCUUCAGCCGGAGGACAAGUCGGCGCCUGUGGUGGUGCGGGAGACCGUGGCGGCCGUGCUGGACGGGGCUACCCCGCUGCACUGCGCUGCGCUGCGCGGAAACCCGGCGCAGGUGGACCACCUUCUGUACUGCGGCGCGGACCCCACGCUGAUGACGGCUGCGGGCGAGCUGCCCAUCGAGCUUGUGCCCAUGUGCGGCGACCGCUCGGCGGGCGCCAGCACCGCCGCUGCCGCUGAGGGCAGCGCGGGCGGCAGCAGCACUGGCGCCGCGGUCCGCAAGUGCCGCUGCAUGGGUCCGCACGACCAGGAGGUGUGGGAGUGCCGCAGCCGCCUGGCGCGCAGCCUCAUUGCACGGCGCUGCUUCUUCAGCUUCGGCGUGGGGCUGUUCAGCUGGGUCAAGCUGAUGGUGUUCUGUCUGCUGUGCCUGCUGGGCUACGCCGGCUGCUACAACAGCAUCAGCAGGCCGACGGUGGAGCGCCACAUCGACACACGCCGGCAGCAGAAAGUGGCAGCGGCACGAGCUCGCGCCCACGCAUUAGUUACGCGCAUGCGGUCGGAGGCGGAGACGGGCCACAAACACCUAGAGCAGGCAAAGCGUGAAUGUCUGGAGUCGGCGGCCUUCCAGAAAGGCCCGCCCGACAUCACGCAAAUGCGCUUCACCGACCCGACCAAGUCGCCGCUGCCGCCGCCGCCCCAAAUCAACCAAAUACACGACAUCAACUUCCACUUGCAGGAGAGCGGCACCUCAAGUACGGGCGAGGAGCUGGCCUCGGAGAAGGCGUUCAAGUGCUUUGUGCGCUCCGUGCACGCACUGCAGUCCCUGGAUCUUCACGGUGACACGGUGCCGCAGGUGUUUGCGGAGCUUGUGCAGGCGGGCGGCGCAGAGAGCCGCGAGACGCACGUGCUAGAGGAUGAGCAGGCGGACCUGUACUCGUGCUGGGCGGAGAGCGUGCUGCUCAAGUUCCGCGGCUGCACCUGCCCGGGCUGCGCCGCGCUGGCCAUCCAGGCGGUGCGCAUGGCGCACAUACAGGCCACGCGGCUCUUCGGCAAGGUGGACCGCGUCAAGCAGACGCAUGCUGACCGCUGGCGAGCCGUGGGGCAGGCGCUGGCGCGCGUGGUGUACGUGCACAUCUGCCUACUACUAGAGACGGAGGCACAGGCGUCGCCCACGCGCUCGCUGGUGUGGCGCGCGGAGCAGUGCCUGCGGGAGUGGGACCGGCUGGAGAAGGCGGGCCUGACGCAGGGCGCGGGCGUGCUGGAUCCGCGCCACGUGUCGGCGCUGCAGCUGUGGGCCAAGACGGCCGACAGCGAUCUGUACCUGGCGGAGGCGCUGCACGGCCAGUCGCUGCCGCCCACCAAGACGCUGCAGGAGGUGGUGCUGGGCGCCGUGAGCUACACGGAGGAGGGGCUGCCGCUACUGGCGCGGCCAGUCAACGCCGAGGUGGUGGCGGGGCUGGAGCACGCGUUGACGCUGGCGGGUCUGCCCAGCCCGCUGCUGGCACACAUUGUGCGCAGCGUUGUGGCGAACGCCAGCGCCGAAUUGGCUGCGGCGGCGCGGCUACGGGAGCUAGUGGGAGGCAAGGCAGGCGGGGGCGGCGCGGCGCCGGGCGGCGCCGGGGCGGGCGGCAGCGGCACCGCGGAUGCGGUGGCGGCAUUGAGCGACGCGCUCCGGGCGGCGGAGCCGUACCGGACGCGGCUGGGACCGGAGGUGGAUGCGGCGCUGGAGCUGCGCAGCAAAUGGACCCAGCGCGCCAGCGCGGUGGAGAAGCUGGAGGGGGCGGUGGAGGAGGUGCGGGGCUACACGCUUGCGCAGCCACUCAGCUUCUCCACCGGUGCGGAGGGCGGCGCGGGGCCUGGGGCGGGCUCGGAUGCUGCUGCAGCCGCGGCGGCUUCGGCUCCGGACCUGGUGGAGUGGGACCGGCGCAUGAAGCAGCUGGAGACGGCCAUGAAUGAGGCCAAGGAUGCCAACGUCAGCGUCACCAAGGCCAAGCGCCUGCACAAGGAGAUGGCUGCGGUGGCUGCGGCAGCAGAGGCGUCCCGGCAGCUGGAGCUGGUCAUGUCGCGGCGGCCGUCGGGACCGGCACAGCUCAAGCAGGCGCUGAACAAGGCGGAGAGCGCGCUGAGCAGCCUGAGCGGUCUGGGCGGCCCGCCGGUGCCGGGCGCCAGCGACGUGCUGGGGCCUCUGGUGGCGUCUGCGCGCCGGCGGUUGGACACGGAGCGGGCGGCUGAGGCGCUGUCCAAGGCCGCGGCCAGCUACCGCAGCCUGGCGGACCUGGCUCGCCUGGAGGCCGCCAUCUACAACGCCAAGAAGAUUGGCGCUGAGGAGCUGGACCCCGAGUCCUACCGCACCAGCCUGGAGCUGCGGGCGCAGUUGCAGGAGGCUGCGCGGGCGCGCAGCGGCCUUGAGACGGCGCUGCGCAACCUGCAGAACCAGCUGCGACCCGAGGACGCUGAGGCGCUGGAGCGGGCGCUACAGGAUGCCACAAAGUGGGAGGAGCUGCUGAGCGGCGAUACAGCCAAGGCGCGCAAGGCGCUGGAACAGUGGCGCAGCAUGACUGUCAGCGACGCCAAGCUGGCGCGGCUGCUGCGCGAGGGCGCCAGCCCGGCCGUGCUGGCCAAGGCCAUCCAGGAGGCCGCCGCCUCGGGGGUCAAGGUGCAGAACGCCAAGCGCGUGCUGAAGUUGAUGCAGACUCUGGAGGCGGCCCUGGGCGGCACGGCCGUGGACGGCGGCGCGGCGGAGCGUCACGCCGCCAUCAAGUCGCGGCUGGAGGCGGCGGAGGCGGGCGGCGUGACGGCGGGGCCGCUGCCGGAAGCGGCGCGGCAGGCGCUGGCGCGGCUGGAGGCGGAGGUGGCCCGGGAGGCACUGGAGGCGGCGCUGAAGCCGCACUCAGACUGGGCCAUGGCACACCGCAUCAGCGUGCUGCGGGAGGCGCUGGAUAAGGCAGAGGGCAUCGUUGGUAGCGGCAAGGCUGAGGCUAACGGCGACACGGCACCCGCCAGCAAGCAGGCGAAUGGCUCGGCGGGCGGCAAAGGUGGCCGGGGCAAGCGCAGCAGCGGCGGCAGCAGCAGUGCAAGCUCGGCGGCUGGUGAGGCCAGCGGUAGCGGCGGCGCCGCAGCAGCAGGCCCAUCGCCCGCGCCUGCUGGCCUGGUCGACGAGUCUGCCCUGACAGCGGUGCGUGAGCUGGUCCAGCGCGCCCGCCAGGUACUGGCUGAGGACCAGGCGGAGCUGGCGCGCAUCGAGCGCGAGCGGCAGGAGGCGGAGCGCGCCAGGAAGGAGGCGCUGGAGCGCGAGCGGCUGGAGCGCCUGAAGCAGGAGCAGGAGCGACAGAAGCGGGAGAAGGCGGAGGCGGCCGAGCGCGAGCGGCUGCAGGCGGAGAAGCGGGAGAAAGCCAAGGCUGAGAAGACCCGUCAGCAACAGCAGGCGCAGCAGCAGGCACAGCAGGCGGCACAACAGAAGGCCAGUGCUGCGGCUGCAGCUGCAGCAUCAGACAAGUCUGCAGCAGCUGUGGGCAAGGGUGCGGCGGCUGGCAAGGGUGCAAAGGGCUCAGCAUCGGCCGCCGGGGCCGGCGGUCGUGGGGCGGGCGGUGGCAAAGGCGCGCCUUCUGCUGCGGCUGGUGCCUCCGGCAAGGCCGAGAAUGCCGCUCACGGCCGCGCUCAGAAGCAGCAGCAGUCCAGCCACAACGCACAAGCAGCUGCGACGGCGGCUGCAGCCGCUUCGGCUCCAGCCCCUGCAGCCGCUGCGGCUGCGACAGCGUCCACAGCCUCCAUGUCGGCGGCCGUGGCGGCAGCGGUGCAUACGCGCGGCGACUCGCUGGACAGCCUGGGUGAGGUGGUGCACAAACUGAACCGCGACGUCAUCAAGGCCCUAGACCUGGACAUGGACGUGGAGACCUCGGGCAGCAGCGACAGAGGCAGUGUGGCGGUGGGCGGCGUGGCUGGCGGCGGCGGUGUGCUGGUCAGUAUGGCUGGUACGGCGGGCGGCGUAAGCCGGGCGGACGGCGGCAGCAGCUUCGGGCGCUGCGGCAGCGGUGCCGCCGCCACUACGGACGGCGUGGCGGACGCUGUACUGACGCCCAGCCAGCGCACGUCUUCUAUCAUGUCGUCCAUCGCGUCGGCAGAUGACGUCAUGCUGCUGCAGAGCGGCGGCGGCUCCGGCAACGCUGGCCCGAGCGCCGGCGCCGCGCCCGGCGCUGGCGGCGUCUCGCUGUCCACCGUUUCUAACGGCUUGGCAACCUCAGCGGCGACCGGCGCGGACGCGGCUGGGCUGGGCCAGGAUGCAGGCGCUAUCGGCACUGCCGCUGGUGCCGGCGCAGCCAGCAAUAAGCCCCCGCGCUUCGGCUUUGUGGACCUGGGCGGCGCCAGCUGGGGCCUGGACAGCCCGCUGCUGUCCAAUGCCGCGGGAGCUGCGGGGCUGUUCCCGUCGCUGCAGAGCAACAUGGUGGGCGCGGAGUUCGGGUCCAUUCUCAGCGGCGGGCUGGCUCACAAGCCUGGCGCCGGCGGGGCAGGCGGCCCCGACGGUUGGUCCACGGCUGGUGCGGGCAGUGCACUGGGCUUUGGCGGCAUAGGCCAUCAUGGCGGUGGCUCCCAGGGCACCCCGCUGCAUUCAAGCCUGGACGACUCGGCUGCGCUGAUGGCGGCCGUACUGGCGCGGCACCAGCAGCAGCUGCAACAGCAGCAACAGGCAGCCGCGGCUGGGGCUGUUGGCGGCAUGCUGAUGGGCGGGCUGACCGUGAACACGGGCAGCAUGGGCGUGGACGCCAACGGCCUGGCGCUGCUGUCGCAGGGCGCACUGGCGUCUCCAUCCAACCGCUCCACCGUCUCCACCUCGAACGCGGCAAACAUGCACGGGCUGAUGCAGGUGCGGCCGCAGCCAGGAGCCGCCUCCAUGAUGACAGGCUCUGCCGCGGGUGGCGGCACCACAGGGCGGCCCAGUCUGCAGCUGGCCAUGCCCCCGUCGGCACUGGCGGGCCAGGCCAGCGCGGACCGGGCCAGCCGCGCCGGCUUCUGGACGCCGCCCACCUUCCAGGGCGCGGGACUGGAUUUCACCGCCUCUGCAGACGCGCUGGGCGGGCUUGGCGUCACUGGGGCUGGUGGCGGCAUGGAUUGGCAGCAGCAACAGCAGCAGCCAGGUCUCAAUGUCACGGGCACCACUGACCUUGGCGGUGGGCUGCAGAUGCUGCACCUGCCGGCGCUGAGCGGGCUGGCCGGCGCGCCAGGCUCAAGCCUGCGCGGCAGUCUGGUCGGCGGCGUCAACGCGGCCGCAGCGCCGCAAGCUGGCGGUGCCAGCGGUAGCCGCGUGUGCCGCUUCUUCCUGCAGGGCUUCUGUCGUGACGGCGAGCGCUGCCGCUUCGCGCACACCACCGCGCUCAGCCCGCCCACACCCGGUGCGGCGAUGGGCAGCGCGCCCUCCUCCGCCCAGGCCGCUGCAGCCGCGGCUGCCAACAGCGCCAUUGGCAGCUUCGCCUUCGGUGCCCCGGGUGCCGAGGCGUUCGCGCCUCUGGGCGGCGGCCUGGGCCGCAAUAGCACUGCUGGUGGCGGCGGCGAGCCUAUGCUGCGGCCUGGCUCGGUGCCGGGCGGCGGCAGCAUGACGAGCAUGGCCAACGGGCUGGCGCUGCUGGAGCGUGCGCACCGGAACUCACAGAUAGCCGCUGCGGCAGCCCAGCAGCAGCAGCUCACGGCGCUGUACGGUGCGGGGGGAGCGCCGCCCUCGCCGCCCAGCGGCCGUGCGUCGGUGUCGGGGGUGUCGGCUGCGGGGGGGCCGCCUGCCUCCACGCAGCAGAUGGUGCUGGCACUGCCGGACGACCUUACGUUCUCGCCGUCCUCCCACCCGAGCACGCAGGGCAACGGCGUCCUGGCGCCCGGCCACCUCUAAUCAGUUGACGUCGCGACCGGCACCCCUGUUCAUUGCCAGUGUGGUAUUCCAAUGAUUAUGAGCCCAUGCCUAAUGAUGACCAAUGCUACAUGGUUUUGGAGAAGUUAGGACAGAAGCUACAGGGAGGAGAUGGGCGCGCAGGCUGCAGGUAGCAGGUAGCUGGUCAUGAUGCUUUUUGCGGUUGCCCUUUACCGCACAGUAGUCUCCUUUUGCAGUCAGUGUCGCAUGAUUGCACUUUGCCGGUAACGCCUAGUUUCGAUGGUCCUUUAUGAAGCCGUUGACACUUUGCACUCUCAAGUCAUGCGGUCCAACGAAAUUGUACUGUUCACCUUGAAGCAGUGGAGCAGGCAUCACGAACAAAUCAACGAAUGAAAGCAAUGGAACAAGACGAGUUGCAAAUAAAGUUCGUUUGGGCCGGGGCGCUGCUUGCUGCCCUCGCGCGCGUGCGUUCUUUGCGGUGCCGGGUGCUUGCAUGGCUUGCUGGUACGUGUGGGUAGCGCACUGCACAAGUAAUGCAGCGAUGGGCAUGCACGCCCAGGGUAGCGAGACAUGAAUACCUAUUGCUGUGCGGAGGGAGAGUCAAUAUCAAGUACUGGGCACGGCACGGUAUGGCACAUGACUGAUAUAGGACUUGCUCCUAAGAAGUCACGGUGUAACACACCCACGGGUGCAAGUGCUGAUGAGUGAUGAUGGGUGCUAGCAUUGGAUAGCAUGGGAGAAGGUGCCGCAUGCAGGAUGUGGCUGGGCGAUCAAGCGAGUACUGUAUAGACCAGGGUUGCACUGUACUAGCCAUUUUCUUAUAAUACGUGUAUUAAUACGCAGUACACAGCUUUCUAGUACAAUACACCAUAAUUCACUUAUAAUACGCCGGCGAGCAAGGGUUAGUACGUGCAAUAGUACGUCCCAUGCAGCCUAUGCCCGGUCCCAUUGCAAAUUUCGCUCUCCGUGUUCCUCCUUAGUAUCCUUCCCUGUAUCCUACUAUACAUGACCAUACUCGAGGUCGUUGCAGCUCGCUAUGCUGUUGGAAACGCAUACAUGUUGUUAAAUGUCGAGAAAUGAGCGGAGUGACAACUGCGCAGCCUGUUUUGCAUACUGUUUUGCCAUCAAGUUUAUCCAUCCAGAGCUCCAUUGCGCGUAUCCAAUAGGGCAGGCUCGGUUCGCGCAUCGCAUCGGCCAUGAUAUCAGGCUUUUGGUUGUGAGCAACUACACACACACAGAAUCAUAUUAUGCUUAAGA